AUGGCGGGGUGGGCCGCCGGUGGGCCCGUGAGCGCGCGCAGGGGGGUGACGGGCGCCCCGCUGGAGAAGAGGGGCGGCGGCGGCGCCCGGGAAGCCAAACUGUCUGCUUCAAAGAGAAAAGGCAACAUCCUGUCGCAGGCCAUGCUCUGGCAAAAACGUAAGUGGUUUGGCCGUGGCUGUCGGAGCCGAGUCAGCGAGGGAGGGCCUGGGCUUCGCCAGGCAUCCGGGAGCCGGGGAGCCACAGCUCCAGAGCAAGCCCCGGCCCCACCCCGGCCGUACCAGGGCGUGCGGGUGAAGGAGCCAGUGAAGGAGCUGCUGCGGAGGAAACGUGGCCACGCCAGCAGCGGGCCGCCGGUGGCACCGACCGCGGUGGUGCUGCCCCCUCAGCCCCUGGCGACCUACACCACAGUAGGUCCUUCCUGCCUUGACAUGGAGGUCUCUGCUUCCACAGUGACGGAGGAGGGGGCCCUGUGUGCCGGCUGGCUCUCCCAGCCCGCCCCGGCCACCCUCCAGCCCCUGGCCCCAUGGGCACCCUAUACGGAGUAUGUGUCCCAUGAGGCUGUCAGCUGCCCCUACUCAGCUGACAUGUAUGUGCAGCCCGUGUGCCCCAGCUACACGGUUGUGGGACCCUCCUCGGUGCUGACCUACGCCUCCCAGCCACUCAUCACCAACGUCACGACGAGAAGUGCGGCCACACCCACAGUGGGACCCCAGCUGGAGGGCCCAGAGCACCAGGCACCUCUCACCUAUUUCCCGUGGCCUCAGCCCCUGUCCACGCUGCCCACCUCCACCCUACCGUACCAGCCUCCAGCCCCAGCCCUGCCGGGGCCCCAGUUUGUCCAGCUCCCUAUCUCUAUCCCGGAGCCAGUCCUUCAGGACGUGGAAGACCCCAGGAGAGCCAUCAGUUCCCUGACCAUCGACAAGCUGCUUUUGGAGGAAGAGGAGAACGAUACCUAUGCCCUCAACCACACGCUUUCCGUGGAAGGCUUUUAG